CUUGUCUCUGAUUAAACCCCUCCUUCUUUAAUUAUUUAACAAUGCAUCGCUUUAAGGCUCAAGGUGUCAGCUCUCGUGUAUUCCCUAAGCCUCAAUGGAUCAACCCCAAGGAAAAGAUUGUCCAUUGGAACAUUGUCACUGGUGAUAAGGUUGCCAUUAUUGCCGGAAAAGAUAAAGAUACCAUUGGAGAAAUCAAGUCAGUAAACCGUCAAACAAACACCGUGAUCGUUGAAGGAAAGAAAUUGGCCAAGAAGCAUGUGCCAAUGCAACCUGGUGCACCUGAAGGUAUUAUGAGAAAGGAAUUGCCUAUUCAUUACUCCAACAUCAUGUUACUUCACCCCGACACACAAAUGCCUGUUCGUAUUGACCGUCGUAAAGCCACCAACACUUUAGAAGAUGGCCGUAUUGUUACACGUUGGUCUCGAUUUGUUAAGGGCACUGAUAUUGAAAUCCCUAAACCUGUCAGAAAAUACAAUGAUCAAAGUGGAGAAGAAGCUUUCACCACUGCCGUAGAAGAUGUUGUGAGCGUAACUUAUAAGCGUGAUCAUUCUCAACCUCCUUUCCCUGCAGAUCUUGUUAAAGAAUUAAGAAACCCUUACAAAAAGAAGUUCACCAUGAAUCUUUCAGAAAACACUACUACCGCUGCCACCACCACUGCAUAGAUUGGACCCUCUCAAACAAAUAAACAAACAAACAAAAAAAAAGAAAAAAAAAGUUUUAUGUACAGUUUUAAUCAAUAAAAGGGAAACCCUUUCUUUUUAUCCUUUUA